UUGUUAUUACAUCCAAAUCUAAACAAAUAAAUAAGAUUUUGGUUCCAACAGAGUUCUUUCCCUUACAUAGCCUCACUUCUCUACCUAAAUUUCUCUUCUUCACUACAAGAAAAAAAAAAAAAAAUACUCAUGGCUUUAUCCUUCAAUACUCAUAACCCUGCAGCUUUUACCUUUGGCCUUCUAGGUAACAUUAUCUCCUUCAUUGUGUUCUUGGCUCCUGUACCAACAUUUAUGAGAAUCUGUAAGAAGAAAUCAACAGAAGGGUUUCAAUCAGUUCCAUAUGUGGUAGCACUUUUUAGUGCAAUGUUGUGGUUAUAUUAUGCUUCAUUCAACCCUAAUGAAACCCUUCUCAUUACCAUCAAUUCCGUUGGCUGUCUCAUUGAGACUCUUUACAUUGCCAUCUUCAUUGUUUUUGCUCCCAAACAAAUUCGGGUUUCAACGUUGAGAUUUGUUCUUCUAUUGAACUUUGGAGGGUUUUGCAUAAUUCUACUUGUUACUCACUUCUUAGUGCAUGGAUCUAAUCGAGUGAAGGUUGUUGGAUGGAUUUGUGUGGCCUUUUCUAUCUCUGUCUUUGCAGCUCCACUUACAAUCAUCAGAUUGGUGAUUCGCACAAAGAGCGUGGAGUUCAUGCCGUUUUAUUUGUCGUUUUUCCUCACACUCAGUGCAACCUCAUGGCUUCUUUACGGUGUAUUUCUCAAAGACAUCUAUAUUGCGCUUCCAAAUAUCCCGGGAUUCAUGUUUGGGAUAGCUCAAAUGAUCUUGUAUUUAAUCUACAAGAGGCAUGAAACAGCAAUAGCGAUGCAGCUACCAGAACAUAGUACAGAUGUUGUAAUGAUUAGCGCCGCCACAAACUCUGACAAACAGAAACAAGAUUGUUCUCAGCUACCAUCUAAUAACAAUUCUGUUGGAUCCGCCAUUGAUCAAGUAACGAUAACAACCAACGCAACUGAACUCAACAAAAAAUUGGAAGUCAACCACCAAAUUACAGAUCAACUUAAUCAUGUUUAACUAUAUAUAUAUAUAUAUAUAUUCUCUUCUAAUUAACCUUUUUUGUUUUUUAAUUGACUCCUGCCUUCUUUCUUUUAGAAUCUAUCAAGCUGUUGUUCAAGUUUGUCUUUGAUUUUUGGUCUUUGGUGUAUGUACUUGCUCAACUUCUCUCUAAGCUACCACGUAAAUCGUGUAUGAUAGCUAGAGAGAUUAGUGAAAGUGAUUAUGGUUCGUGCUUAAUUAAGUAGGAAUUUUGUAUUAAUUUAAAACUU